AUGAGUCGUCGGGAUGCAAAUAGGACAGUUGUAAAGCUGGAACUGUACUUCGAGCGAACACAAAAAACAUCCGACGAUAAAUUAACACUACAUUCCACCUAUGCUUCGAAGUUAAGAAAAUCGCAUGAGAAAUGCCUAUAUCCUGUUCAAAUCAGGCCCAGAACUUCUUUCUAUGAACCAAGUAACUAUGAUUGGCCGGAACGUGGAUACUCGUUCAAUGUGUACCUAAAUCGAAGGCUUCAAACGGAAACAGAAUCCGGUGGCCCUUGCAAAGCGAUGGAAGAGCAAUCAACCUUGAGCGUCGCGAAGUGUAAGCUCAUUAGGUCGGGAACCACAAGACAUCUUCAAAUUGUGACAAGUGGAAUGCAAGAUGGUGUGCUGAAUGUGAUGACUCAACUCAUGAAAGAUCUUAAUGAAGAAAAUCCAACAUCUUGUACCGCCAACGUAGCACUGCGUGUUAGAAGCAAGGAUAUUUCCUAA